GGGGGCAGUAACACGUUUAGUCGUCGCUGUUGACUGCAGCGCAUCAUGCGGACAUCCAGUCUGUCAGCAUGUAAACACUGACUGCUCACUCAUGUACUGUACAUUAGCCUACAGUCUGGACCUCCUUGAGAAAUCCUAAUGUUCCUGCAGACAUCAUGGCUUCAACUUCUAGCUUUGCUCCUCCAAAACUGGCAGACUUCAUCCUCACCGAGCGGCUGGGCAGUGGUACCUAUGCUACAGUGUAUAAAGCCUACAGAAAGGGGAACAGUCGAGAGGUGGUAGCAGUGAAAGUAGUCGGGAAGAAGACUCUGAACAGGUCCUCUACAGAAAACCUUCUCACAGAGAUUGAAAUCCUGAAGACUGUGCGCCACCCUCAUAUUGUCCAGCUGAAAGACUUUCAGUGGGAUGCUGAGAAUAUUUAUCUGAUCCUGGAAUGGUGUUCUGGUGGAGAUCUCUCCCGCUUCAUUCGCAGUCGCAGGAUUUUACCUGAGAGGGUGGCGCGGUGCUUCCUGCAGCAGAUAGCCUGUGCCCUCCAGUUUCUUCAUGAACGAAAUAUCUCACACUUGGACUUGAAACCCCAGAAUAUUCUGCUCAGCGGCUUUGUCCUCAAACUAGCAGAUUUUGGUUUUGCACAACACAUGUCACCCUGGGAUGAGCAGAGUGUCCUGAGAGGAUCUCCACUCUACAUGGCUCCGGAGAUGGUGUGUCGGCGCCAGUAUGACUCCAGGGUGGAUCUCUGGUCAGUAGGAGUCAUUCUCUACGAGGCGCUGUUUGGUCGAGCACCGUUUGCAUCAAAAUCAUAUGCUGAAUUGGAGGAGAAGAUCCGGAGCAAUCAACCUAUCGAGCUCCCUCCCGGGGCCAGGGUAUCCAAGGACUGCAGGGACCUUCUGUUGCGGCUUUUGGAGAGAAAUCCAGAUGCCCGGAUCACCUUUGCAGAGUUCUUCACCCACCCUUUUGUGGAUCUGGAGCAUAUGCCAAGUGCAGAGAGUAUAGUGAAAGCAAAAGAGCUGGUCCUGCAGGCUGUUCAGAAGGACCAGGAGGGGGAGAGGUCUGCUGCUCUCUUUCUUUACUGCAGUGCCCUUGAGCACUUUGUUCCUGCUAUUCACUAUGAGACAGACCGACAACGUAAAGAUGCCCUGAGGCAAAAGGUCAGCCAGUAUGUGUCCAGAGCAGAGGAGCUGAAAGCCCUAGUAGCCUCAGACAACAGAUUGAGCUUUGAGGAGGCACGGACUUCCAGGGAUGUCCUCCGAGGAAUGUCUCAUGACCAACCACGACUGCUGGCUGCUCUGGAGAUGUCCUCUACUGCCAUUGCUAAGGAGGAGAGCGGAUCAGAUGAUCAUGAGGCUCUGGAUGUGUACCAGCAGUGUUUAGGAGAGCUCCUAUUGGUCCUAGCAGCCGAGCCCCAGGGCCGCAGGAGAGAGCUGCUCCACGGGGAGAUUAAAACCCUCAUGAGCAGAGCUGAAUACCUCAAAAAGCACAUUAAGAUGCAGGAGACUCAGAGGGACGUGUCUCUGGAUCGAGAACCUCUCGCAGAUUCUGUCAGAAGCUCCUGCUGUCUGCAGUAAGCAGGACGGCCACCCUGGGACGAGUGGAACGCCCCACAGACUGACUGUCAGUGUUCAGGUUGGACACAGAGCCUUCACCUGACCAGGUUUCUGCUACGGCCAAAUCACACCACAUCCUAACCAACUGAGCACACUGUCUGGGUGGGAUAUUACAGUUGCCAGCCAAAUCUGCCCAGUGUUUUGGCUCUCCCUGGAAAGUUUUUUUUUUUAUUCCUUCCAGAUGAUCUGGCAGGUACAGAACUCCUGUUUAUUAUUUUUUUUCAGGAAAACAAGUUUGCCUGGUAAAAUCCUGAAAGCAGCUCUUGAAUUUUGGAUUUGCACACUGGUGAAUGUGAAAGUUCCCUGCUCUUUACACAGUGUUGUUGCACUGCUUAGCCCCAAUCCCCCUCCUCCCGACACGCCAUUGAUAUGUAAAUGCUGGACAGCUUGUAUGACAAUACCACACUGUCAUGGUAAAUGAGUUAAACUGAGACUGUUGCAUUUAGUUUAGUGCAGAACAUUCAACAGUGUUUCCAGCAUGCCGAAAACUGUGAAAAAACUAACAUACAAUCAGUUGGGAGCUAUGACGUAUCACAACCGUUUAAAACUGUAGUGCUAAGUAUAUUAUAUAGUGGCCUGUGCAAACAUGUACGUACUCCCUCACCCCCCUCUCUCCACUGCCUUUACUGUGGGUCAACCACAGGCUCACCAUGCUCUCUCCGCUGAUGGAGCCCUCUCCACCACUAUGAGGGGAAAACUGGAGAGGUGCGGCCUCUGCCUUAUUUACACUAGACUUGCAUUUUCUUAGGUUUGGCACUGGCCGGGUAUUUGAGGGAUACAGUGAGUUGUGGUCCUCAAGCAAAGCCUUCAUAACUAGGCCCCUGUGAAAUGGUAAAAAGCUGAACAGUUGGUGGCAGGCCGAUAAUCCUCACUGUUGUAGGUCUUCACGGACUGUUUUGAUUUCACACAGGUAAAGUGUUUGAAUACUGCAAAAGGGAGCUUUACUUUGUUGAUACAACUGUAAGACAACUGCAUAAAAUGCCUGAAACAGGAGUCAAAAGAGAGGAAAUAUUAUUAUUAUUAUGUCUGCUGGCAAGAUUUCCGAACUGCUGUCUUGUUUCUUUUUUUCUUGACUGUCUAUAAAGCUGUGAUUUUGUAAUAUAUUUAUUAAAAGACAAACAAGAAAUGAAUAUUAGCUGCAAAUAAAUUUACCAUCUCUACAA